UUUUUCAAAACUCGACCCUGGUUGGUGGAGUGGUGAUCGGUACAUCUGCCGAUAUGAUGAUCAACAUAUGGGGAGCCAUGAUAAUUGGUGGUUUAGCUGGAGCAGGAUCUAUAUUCAUCAAUCGUUUUUCAACCACGAAAGCUGUUCACCGUAUAAUUGGAAUGCGCAACGCAUGGGGAGUAAUCUCUUUGCACGGAAUCCCAGGUAUUGUAGCUGGUUUUGUGGGCGCAAUUGUAUCGGCCGCUGCGACUAAGGAAGAUUAUGGUUUCAGCCUUUACCGACAGUUUCCAGCACGAUCUCCACUCAAUAGUUCCAGCGAGUUCUCAAAAAUUCAGUACUACGAUUUAAAAAUUGACCCUGGUCGAGAAAGAACAGCUUUACAACAAGCAGGAUUUCAGAUUGUUACACUUAUCGUGACCCUAGUUAUCGCAAUUAUAGGAGGCCUUGUAACAGGGACGAUUCUUUCGUUGUCUUUCUUCCGUCAACCGUAUGAAGAAAAUGACUCGCAACCUGAUCAACUAACGCUUGUUGUUGACCAGUUAUUGCUCUCUGAAAGACGUUUAAACGUUAUUGAUGCAACCAGUGAAACUAAUCCAAUCGUUAUUUUGACCGAUAAUUUGUCGUCCACUUGUUAACUGGUAAAGCCAUUUUAGCUGGUAAAACACUAAAACUGAUAAAGCAAAUGCUGA